CGCGGCGAAACAACUGCCCCCUUGCCGGCGGCCGGAAGUGACACAACUCCGGUCUGCCCAGAGGGGCGGGGGGCUAUGACGCACAUUGACGACGGCGGAAGUGCUGGCCGUGCUGGUGACGGGGGUGGCAUGGGAAAGCAAAAGAAGGCGCGGAAGUACGCGGUGAUGAAGCGUAUGAUCAGUCUGCGUGACCAGCGCAUAAACGAGAAAGAACGGGCCAAGCCCCCCCCCAAGAAGAAGGAGGACCCGAGCGUCAUCAAGGAGCGGGAGGUCCCCCAGCACCCGUCGUGUUUGUUCUUCCAGUACAACACGCAGCUGGGGCCUCCUUACCACAUCUUGGUAGAUACCAACUUCAUCAACUUUUCCAUCAAGGCCAAGCUGGACCUCGUGCAGUCUAUGAUGGACUGUCUCUAUGCCAAGUGUAUUCCAUGUAUCACAGAUUGUGUAAUGGCUGAAAUUGAGAAGCUAGGACAGAGGUAUCGUGUGGCAUUAAGAAUUGCCAAGGAUCCUUGGUUUGAACGUUUGCCAUGUAUGCACAAAGGAACCUAUGCAGAUGACUGUUUGGUACAGAGAGUCACUCAGCACAAAUGUUACAUAGUAGCCACAGUGGAUAAAGAGCUCAAGCGGAGAAUACGAAAAAUUCCAGGAGUGCCUAUAAUGUAUAUUUCCAGGCACAGAUAUAAUAUUGAGAGGAUGCCAGAUGAUUAUGGAGCUCCUCGGUUCUAACCUGUCCAGCCAAGCCAUGAAUGCCAGGGCUCUGAGCCAGCAUAAGGGUCCUUCUUGUUCCCAGCCCUCCUGCUUUCCUUCUUGCUGGGACCCUGUUCAUAGGAUAUUGGACUGACUUCAUAGCCUUGAUCUUCUAGGAAAAAAACUUUUGGAAGAGUCUGCUUUUAUUCAUCCUUUUUCUGACUGCACCUGAUAAUCCAAAGCUUGGAGAAGGAUAUCAGAACAAGAAGAUUCUACAAUCAAGAAUAUGCCAAACUCCCUUUUUGUUCUUACAUUGCAAUCAUGGGAAAGGGUUUCAUCAUUCUGAAUUAAAUAUUGUUGAUAGUCCAACUAUGACUGAGAGUGGAACCACAGAGGUAUUAGAAGGUUCUUAUCCCUUCAUCUGCAGCAGGAUGAAUAUUGCUUUGGUGAACUCCUUCACAUCUACCCCAAAAGAAAAUUGGAGUCUGAAUGCUGGGGGAAAGCCAUCAAGUAGGCUGCCUUUUCUGGACCCACAGCCUGGUAGAUUUUAAUUGAGAAUUGAUGGGCUUUUAUUCAACUGUGUCUCAAUACAGUGAAUGAAAUCAAA